AUGACUAGUGAUAGAGAAAUAAUAACUUUACGACAAGAGUUAGACAAUUGUCAAAACUUGUCAGAAUCUCUUCGUGAACAACUUGAACGCGCUCAUAAAGAGAAUUCUACAUUAACUGAUGAUAAUAACUUUAUACGUAGAAAACUUGUUUCACUUCAACAAGAAAUCACUAAUAAUAAUAAUGAAUAUGCAAGACUUGAAACAGAACUUUAUCAAACCAGUCAGGAAUUAGAACGAUUAAAAAAAGAAAAUAUUGGUUUUUUAAAAUUUAAACGUGAAAUUGAAAGAAAAUUACGUGAAGAGACGCAAGCUUUUGAAAAAGAUAGAACUGUAUGGCAAGAACGUGAAGUGGAAUUACUCGAUCAAAUCAAAGCACUUCAAGAAACUGUUAAUCUAUUAGUACAACAAAAUGAACAAUCUUCAAAGAAAAAUGAGGAAAAUUCAGCAUUUAAUCCAGCAUCAGUUUCAUAUUAUAAUGCAAUCUGUGAAGCAAAGAAUGCACAAAAAAUUAUUAAAGACUUGGAACGAAAAGUUAGUGAAUUACAAAAUGAAGCUGACAAAACAAAACAAAUAACCACUGAAACCAUGAAUAUAAAUAAAAAUCACGUACAAAAAAUUCAACAACUGGAAAAUGAAAUUUCUCAAGUUAAACAUAUGAAUAGAGCAUUGAUGGAGGAUAAUGAAAAUUAUCAAGUAUUAUUACAUGAAAAAACUAUGAGGGGUGAAUUCAUGUUAAAUCCUAUCUUACAGAGACUUGAUACUAGUUUAGACAAGAAAUAUACUGAUAAAGAUGAAAAAUUAACUAAUGGUAUAAUCAAGGAAAAUGAUACAUCAAAGAGCGUUAAUAAACCAAACACAAAAAAAUUAUCAAUUGUCACUGAUUUAGAAGCUGAAUUAAGUCGUGCAUCAACACUUAGUGUAUCAUUACAAGGUGAACGUGUCUACAAAGAAAGUGAUCACACCAUGGUUGAAAAGCUUCAAGAAGAAAUAAAAUCACUAAGAGAUGCACAUAAAUUAAUGCAUCUUUAUAUUUCAAAGAUCCUUACUCGUAUUUUGGAAGCACAAGGUUUUGAAGAAAUUUUAUCAACUGAUUGGUCAGCUAAACGAAUUGAAUCUAGUCCAGUAUCACCUACAAUAACAAGUUUUAAUCAAGAUCAAAAGAAUGAUAAUGGACGUAAUAAAAUCGAAAGACGCAAAACUUUAUCAGGGUUUCACUUUCGCAGCACAUCCCAGCCCCAAAACAGUUUAAUGAAAGAUAAGACGAUAGCUGAAGAAACAGAAUCAGCUUCUGAUGAUCUUAAAGAUUUACCCAAAAAACCACAACGCAGGAAUUCUACAUCAGGAACAAGAACCAGAAGAUUCAGUUUCUUGGGUUGGGGUGCAGGUUCAAAUAAAGAGAGUAAAGAAACAGAGAAAAAAAAUGAUGAUAAAAAGGGUGAAAAAAUAGAUAACAAAGAGGAUGUAGAGAUGGUUGAAAAGUUUGAUGAAAAGGAUGAUAAACCAAUAAAUGAAAAGAAUGAAGAGGAUUAUUAUUUGAAGCCUACAAUAAAAGAGUGUGAAAAGAUUAAUGAAUAA